AUGGCCAUAAAUGACGGAGGUAAGGAGUCCCAGGAAGUGGAAGAUACUCAUGGGAUGAAAGAACCUCAAGAAGUGAAGGAUAGAGACGUCGUCCCACGUGAUGACAUUGACCCACGAAUGGGCAAGGACAGGUCAGAGCUGCAAGCCAUUGAGGAGCUCAAGGAACUUGCAGUGGUGCUUGAGGAGAAGAAAAAACUGGCUGAGGAGUUGAAGGAGAAGCAAAAGUCUCUGGAUAAAGCCAUCGAUCAGAGGGACCAGUUCAAGGAGUCUAACCGCGUCAAUUUCCACGCGGCUAAACAGCUCGAGGAGGACUUGGUUGCGAGCAGACAGGAGAAUACUACCUUGGAGGGCCAGAUCGAGGAGCUUGAGAAAGCCAAUGCCAAUAACUUAGAAAGAAAUGCCGAGCUCGCUCGCUGUGCUGCUCGAAUGGCAGAGGAAGAAAGAGCAAGGAUUCCUGCUUCCCCUGAGAUCUCGCUGGCCACUGGUAUGGAUGGGGCAGACAAUGAGGCUGAAGACGUCGUCGAUCAGGGCCCUCCUCAAGAUCCUCCUGCUCCUCAAGAUCCUCCGACUCCUUAA